CAGACCCUCUCCCUCGCCCCCCCUAUAAAAUCGUAUUAUUUUCUCUCUCUAAGGACACAACGACUUUGCUUUCUCAAAUAUAUUUUUCCUGGGUUUUGGCCUCCUUCGAAAUCAGCUUUCGUGGUCAUGAAACCUUAGCUUCUAUAAAACCCCAGGCUUGCUCUCUCACGUGGGUUCGGCUUCAAAUUUCGUUUCCUUCUCCAUGGAGAUGGAUUCAGUUGAAGGAGAUAGCCAUGGGGAUAUCAAUGACGAUGAAUCAGCGGACCAUUCAUUUCCUCCAGAAGCUUUUGAUCCAUGUGGUGUCUCUGGUGACCCUGAGCUAGGUCCUAGAGUUGGAGAUGACUACCAGGCUGAAAUUCCCUGUCUAAUAGCUGUUUCUGACUAUGUACGGCUUUUAAAGAACUCAAUUGAUGCAGAAAUUGCUGGUGGUAGUCCCCAUGGUUUAGGAAUGGGGUUACCCAUACCAGUAAUGUGGAUCAAUGAGGAAUUUGAGAGCAACAAAUAUGAACAUGUCAAAGAGACCCUGAUUGUUUCAGAAAGUGACAACAUAAAAUGCAAAGCUGAGCCAAUGGAUGUUAAGUUCAAGAAUGGGAUAACAUCAGGUGAGUCAGAAAAGUUAGUAUUGAAACAAGAACUGAUGGCUCAAAUGCAUAAAAAACCUGGAGGUGUGUAUUGUCCGGUUCCUGGUUCUGCAGGUGACAGCUGGAGUGGCAUAGAAGAAGCCAGUUUUCUUCUUGGUUUAUAUAUCUUUGGAAAGAGACUCGUUCUGGUGAAGAAGUUUGUCGGGAGUAAACAGAUGGGCGAUGUAUUGUCAUUCUACCAUGGGAAGUUUUACAAGUCUGACAGAUACAAGAGAUGGAAAGAAUGCAAAAAAAUGAGAAGCAGAAAAUGUAUAUUUGGGCAAAGAAUUUUUAUGGGGCCAAGGCAACAUGAGUUGUUUUCUCGUUUGUUUUCUCACGUGUCAGAAGAGUGCCAAAAUUCUUUGCUCGAGGUCUCAAAGACAUUUGGGGAAGGAAAAAUUUUACUAGAAGAAUAUGUAUUCAUUUUAAAGGCUAGAGUUGGAUUGAAUGCACUUGUAGAGGCAGUGGGAAUUGGUACGGGAAAGAAAGAUCUCACAGGCAUUGCGACAGAGACUUUAAAGUCCAAUCAUGUUGCUCCUGUUCGCCCAGAAAUACCAACUGGCAAAGCAUGCUCCUCCCUUACACCACUAGAAAUAGUCAACUUUCUAACUGGGGGCUUCCGGCUAAGCAAAGCCCGCUCAAGCGAUCUCUUUUGGGAAGCUGUUUGGCCUCGUUUGCUUGCAAGAGGGUGGCAUUCUGAGCAGCCUUAUCCGGGUUUCUCCACUGGUUCCAAGAAUUCAUUGGUCUUUCUUAUCCCUGGUAUUAAGAAGUUUUCAAAAAGGAAACUGGUGAAGGGAAGCCACUACUUUGAUUCGGUAAGUGAUGUCCUGAAUAAAGUUGCUUCAGACCCUGAGCUUCUUGAGCUUGAAACAGGAGCAAAUAAUGAAAAUGGGUGGACAGAUGAAACAAAGCUGGACGAACAAGACUUCCCAAAUCAGCAACGCCACUGUUAUCUGCAGCCUCGUACUCCAAAUCGUAGUAGUGGAGAUGUCAUGAAGUUUACAGUUGUGGAUACAAGUCUGCCUAAUCGGAAAACAUCCAAGGUGAGGGAACUGAGAAGCUUACCAUUUGAAUUGGACGCCUCCGCCUCCAGAAGUGAUUCUGAUGAUGACGAUGAGGAUGCUUCUGAAGCUUCAACAGAUAAAUCUAAUUCUGCUGAUUCCUUGUGUUCACAGAGGAUCCAUGUUUCGAAGUCCAUCCAUUUGGGUAGAAGCGAUGACAAAUAUUUUGAAUAUGAUACUUCAGAGUGGGAGCAUCAAGCUUCUUGUCAAGGUUUGACUACUGUGACUGCAGAUCUAUCUAAGAAUGAGAACAUUGGUAUUGGCAACGACAUGCGGCGCGGGAAAGCUGCGAAGUGCCAAAAGAUCCAGAAAAUGGUUUCUGAAAAGGAAAAUCAUGUGGCCCCUGUUUUAAAAAGACGUCGAAAGUUAGUUGCUUGUAAUCACACAGAUACCAUCCCCAGCAGGAACCACUUCUUGCAAGGUCCCGUGUUACAGCAAGAUGCAUGCAGCUCUGAAGACCACCCUGAACUUAGUGAGAAAACUCCCUCUCAAGUGGAUCUAUCCGAAGAGAAGUUAUCAUCCACCAGUACUUUGUCUAGAGAAGCCAGUCCAGUUAAUAAUGGUGAAGGCAAACGUGGCGAUAGUUUGCGCGUGGAAACAUUUCAUGAGAAUCCUCAGUGCCGUACAUUUUUUGACUUGAACAUGCCCCCCUCUCUAGAUGCUGAAACUGAUGAACCUUUCACAAUGACAGAAAGACAAGAUGAUCAAACAAAACAGGAACCGGAUGCUGCUUCCCAUUCAACGAUGCCCUCUGAAUGUGGGGAUAUUUCUGAACAGCAGCCUGCAAUGAACUCUCGGAGACACAGCACAAGAAGCCGACCACUGACCACCAAGGUACUGGAAUCUUUUGCUUAUGGAUUUUUCGACACAAAGCAGAAGCGGAAGAGUAGGGAUGAAUUUCCCCGAGACGACUCCAUAUUAAGGCCAUCCAGGCGUGCUCGUACUAAGGUGGGAGCUCCCGACAGUUUUGAUACUAGUCUCCCGGAUUUCAGCAUGCAGGAAACCGGGAGUGCUAACCCCAAUAACAACGCUGACGGAUACAGUGAACUUGACAUGGGCUCCUAAGUCAGUUAGGUGCUGAAAAUCCAACAAACAACUUGAAGAAAGAGCUUCUGCAUAUAACGGAGACUGCUGCUUUCGGCUGGGCUACUAUAACCCAUGAUACACAGCAAAGGUAGCUGUCUCUUGAUUCGUCUGCAUUGUACAUGGUGUUACAUACAAAGUUCAUAGGAAAGUCUGAGUAUUAGCGUCAUCUCCCGAGGCCAUUACAUCAGAGAAAGCGGCACAAAUAACCGGAAAACCAAUGAUGAGAGAUAAAGUUACAUUCCUGCAUUCAAAUCGUAGUUGAAGUUCAACAGCAUUUGAUAAAAUCGUUUACUUUCUCUCUUAUGUACAAUUUACUUUACAAGUGGUUGUCUUUUUUUUUUCUUUUUCUUUCCUUAGUUAUGUGAGUUGCAAGACCAACUUAUAGGGGGUGACUGUUGCAUUCUGAUCAAAUGUAGUGAAAGUGAAACAAAAAUUGUAAUUCGAUUUAGACUGGCGUCGACAGUUUCUCA